CUUGUAUUUAUUAUUUUAUGAUGUCAAGUAUGUGUCAAGUGUCAAGGUGAUGUUAAAGUAAUUUAUCGACGACAAAUCAUUUUGGACGCAAAACGCAAAUAUUUUCGAUAAUUAUGACUAUUUUGAAAAUAUAACUGUUUUGGUUCGUUACCGUAUUGAAAACUUUGAAUAUUUUCGAGGACAGUUAAAAACUAGCUUUUCAAUCUGCAAUCUAUUUUUUUCCAAAGAUGAGUAGCAGUCAUCAGUAUCUUAAAGCAUCAAGUUCUAAGUCUGUAACAACUCGUUUAGGUGAUAUUGAACAUUUAUCACAAUUAUCAGAACAUUUGUCUUCUCUCUGUCUAAGUCACGAAUACUCCGAUGUAACUCUUGUAGUCGAGGGGCAAAAGUUGUAUGCACAUAAGGUUAUUUUGGCAGCUCGCAGUGAUUAUUUUAGAGCACUACUUUAUGGAGGGCUAAAGGAAUCCACUCAGUCAGAAAUUAUUCUCCCAGAUGCUCCAUUAAACGCAUUUAAGAUCCUUUUAAAAUAUAUUUAUACUGGUCAUAUGUUUCUAAUGACCUUAAAGGAAGAUGUGAUUUUGGAUACUUUGGGAUUAGCACAUCAAUAUGGAUUUGAGGAAUUGGAGUUUGCUAUAUCAGAUAUUUUAAAGCAACUAUUAGCUUUAAGAAAUGUGUGUGCUAUACUUGAUACUGCUCAUCUGUAUGGAUUGGAUAAGCUUAUAGAUGUAUGUCAUACAUUUUUAGAUAAACAUGCCAAUGAAAUUUUACUACAUGAAACCUUUAUUGCAUUGUCUCAGACUUCCUUGGUUGAUCUUCUGCAGAGAGAUUCCUUUUUUGCCCCAGAAGUUGAAAUUUUUAGAGGGGUGUGUAACUGGUGUAAAGCCAAUGAAGAUCAUAGUGACUUAGCCAUGAAAUGUGUUCGACUUCCUUUGAUGAAUGUAGCUGACUUAUUGUCAGUAGUUAGACCAGCCGGAUUAGUCAAGCCUGAUUGUCUAUUAGAUGCUAUCGCUGAUAGAACUAAUUGCAGAACUAACAGCCUACCCCACAGAGGACAACUAGUUGUAGAUGAAAAUGUGGCUUGUCCUCGUACUGGAUCAAAAGUUGUUAUUGGUGAACUUUCAGAAUAUUUACUUGAUGGAGACUAUUACAGUUAUGACAUGGACAAAGGUUAUACUAGACAUGCCAUCAAUGGUCCUGCAGAUCAGGGAAUUAUAGUGAAAUUAGGAGUACCUUCUAUUAUAAAUCAUAUUAGAAUGUUGCUGUGGGAUCGAGACAUCAGAUCAUAUUCAUAUUAUGUUGAAGUGUCUAUGGAACAAAAAGAUUGGGUUAGAGUAGUGGAUUACAGCCAGUAUUGUUGCAGGUCUUGGCAAUAUCUUUAUUUCAACACACGCGUUGUGCAGUUUAUCAGAAUAGUAGGAACUCACAAUACAGUGAACAAGGUGUUUCAUUUAGUGACUUUUGAAUGCAUGUAUAAACAGAAAAUUCCCAAAAUGCUCAAUGACAUUAUAUGUCCAAAUUACAAUGUUGCAACUCUAGAAAAGAGUGCAGUGGUAAUUGAAGGUGUAAGUCGAGCAAGAAAUGCAUUAUUAAAUGGAGACACCAAACAAUAUGACUGGGAUUCGGGGUAUACAUGUCAUCAGCUGGGAUCAGGAGCAAUACUGAUUCAGCUAGGGCAACCAUACAUAAUUUCAAGUUUGAGACUUCUUUUGUGGGACUGUGAUGAUCGUAGUUAUAGUUAUUACAUAGAAUCCUCUGUAAAUAUAUGGGAAUGGGAAAUGGUAGUGGACAAUACUAGGGAGAGUUGCAAAUCUUGGCAAGUCAUUAAAUUUCCCCCUAGGCCUGUUGUUUUUAUAAGAAUUGUAGGAACUCAUAACACAGCUAAUGAGGUAUUUCAUUGCGUUCAUUUUGAAUGCCCCUCUGGCGAGGACAACCAGAACUGUGUUGUCACAGUGUCAGUGACCAAUAAGAACAAGGAGCUUAUAAAUAGCUCGGCCAGUGGUAAUGAUGAAUCGACGAAUGCGCCAUUUGCGGAGACAGCUACAGAGGCUGAAGAAGUUAUGCCUGUAGUAGGGAAUUCAAGCAGGCUUUAGUUUUAAAAUUUGACUAUUUACCUUAGAAACAGUUUGUGUUAAUUCUAGCGAAGCAGUGUCAGGCAAUAUGUUAAAGUCAUUUUCGACUAUUAUGAUGUUGUUCAGCUAUGUAUUUGAUUCAUAAAAAAUCAACUUUGAACAAAUGUAAAAUUAGUCGCUCUUUUAUAUCACAACUUUGUUACACAUAGAAAACUGCAAGUUUCAUUCUGUUGUGAAAUAUUUCCUCACCAGUGAAUAACCUAUUUUUUCUCGUAAUCUAAGUAAUACUAAGUUGCGUUUCAUUGAAAGUACAUAUAAAUAUUAUUGUUUUGAAGUGUUAUUUUUUUAAAUAAAGUUAUCAAAGUCA